AUGGUCAACUCAACAAGUCAGGCUCUUCUUCCGGCCGACCAGGCCAGGAACAUGGCCUUUGACAAGAUCUUGCACAAAAACUCGUCGACAUCUCAGGGUGGUCUUCGUGCCAUGAUCAACAAAGACAACGAAGCACACAAAGCUGCCGUCGUUGAAUACUUUCAACACUGGGAUGACAAAAAAGCCGAAGACGAGACUGAAGACGUUCGACAAUCCCGAGUCAUUGACUAUGCUAGUUUGACAAGACAGUAUGGAAGCAUCUCUGUUUACGUCUUCUUCUAUUCUGGGUGGCAGGUUACUAACUCGGGACACACUGGCAGAUACUACAACUUGGCGACCGACCUAUACGAAUAUGGCUGGGGUGAGGCAUUUCACUUUUGUAGAUUUGCUUAUGGAGAGACCUUCAAGUCAGCCGUGAACCGACACGAACAUUAUCUGGCAAGCAGCAUUGGCAUCAAGCCUGGAAUGCGGGUGCUGGAUGUCGGAUGUGGUGUUGGCGGACCGGCACGAGAAAUCGUCAAGUUCACAGGAUGCCACGUCACCGGCUUAAACAUCAACUCCUACCAAAUCAGCCGAGCCAAGCAGUAUGCUGUAAAAGAAGGGCUUACCCAUAAGCUGGAUUUUGUUCAAGGAGAUUUCAUGAAUUUGCCAUUCCCCGACGACUCGUUCGAUGCCGUAUACGUAAUCGAAGCCACCGUCCACGCACCGUCGCUGGAGAGUGCCUACAGAGAAAUCUUCCGUGUCCUCAAGCCAGGAGGCGUCUUUGGCGUCUAUGAAUGGUUCAUGACAGACGCCUACAACAACGAUGACAUGACCCAUCGCCAAAUCCGUCUCAACAUUGAGCAAGGCGACGGCAUUGCCCAGAUGCUCAAAGUCGAAGACGGCCUCGCCGCCAUCCAGGCCGCAGGCUUCACGCUUGAAACCCACUACGACCUCGCUGAGGACGACAGCAACGAUACAAGUGUUGCUCCGUGGUAUUGGCCUCUGGGAACAGAUCUUCGCUAUGCUCAGACGCUUUUGGACGUGCUGACAGUCUUGAGGAUGAACCGGUUCGGCAGGGAGGUAUCUCAUGCUUUCAUUUCUUUGCUAGAGCUGCUCCAGAUUGCUCCGGCAGGGACCAGAAAGACGGCUCAGAGUCUUGGAAAGGCGGCUGAUGCGUUGGUUGAGGGAGGGAAGAAGAAGUUGUUUACGCCGAUGUAUCUCAUGGUUGGCCGCAAGCCUGAAUUUUAA